CAACUAAAUUAUUGUUACUUAAAGUAUCACUUAAUGCCAAUCACCUGCCUGCCGCUAGUCAUUUAGUCCAGUGAAAUCAUUCUUGAAAGGAGCACAGUCAGGUCAACACGUCCUCCGUUACUACCCUUAACUGACUCUUCUCUCUCUGCUUUCCUGCACAGAUUGCAGAUUGAGCUUCACUGAGAAGUUCCCAGACUGCCCAACGCUGUUUUGACGAACAACGGAAGACGGGUGUUCUGCCUGCCCACCAGGCCCCCUGUUGACCGCUGAUAACUUGCCUUCAUUGCUCGCUGGUGUAGGAAAUUCUCUCUGUUGAAUUUUUAACAUCUUUUUUUGCACAUGGAGGACAACAGCAAGGAGGUCAACACAGGCUGGUAAGACCAGAGACCGCAGGAAGAUUCUUCUACCGUGGGCCUUUGGGACUUUUCCUCUAGUUGGAUUUCUGGACUCUGACAGAACUCCAUCCGGUCAUUUUGGAUUUGCCAUCUAUUUUUGGUUUUCGUUUCCCCACCACAUUGUAUUUGCUUUCUGUACUUCAGAAAUGGGCCUACAGACCACACAGUGGCCCAGCCAUGGGGCUUUUUUCCUGAAAUCUUGGCUUCUCAUUUCUCUGGGGCUCUCUUCACAAGUGUCAAAACUCCUGGCGUGCCCCAGCGUGUGCCGCUGUGACAGGAACUUUGUCUACUGUAACGAGCGAAGCUUGACCUCAGUGCCUCUUGGGAUCCCGGAGGGUGCAACUGUCCUCUACCUCCAAAACAACCAAAUUAAUAAUGCUGGAUUUCCUGCAGAACUGCACAACCUAAGGUCAGUGCACACGGUCUACCUUUAUGGCAACCAACUGGAUGAAUUCCCCAUGAACCUUCCCAAGAAUGUUCGAGUUCUCCAUUUGCAGGAAAACAACAUUCAGACCAUUUCACGAGCAGCUCUUGCCCAGCUCUUGAAGCUCGAAGAGCUACACCUGGAUGACAACUCUAUAUCCACAGUGGGGGUGGAAGAUGGCGCCUUCUGGGAGGCCAUUAGCCUCAAGUUGUUGUUUCUAUCCAAGAAUCACCUGAACAGAGUACCCUUUGGGCUUCCAGCUGACUUGCGAGAGCUGAGAGUAGAUGAAAAUCGAAUCUCUGUCAUAUCAGACAUGGAUUUUCAGAACCUCAGGAGUUUGGAGUGUCUGAUUUUGGAUGGGAACAACCUGACCAACCAAGGUAUUGCCAAGGGUACCUUCAGCCAUCUCACCAAGCUCAAGGAAUUUUCAAUUGUAAGGAAUUCUCUCUCACACCCCCCAUCUGGCCUCCCAGGUGCUUACUUGCUCCGACUGUAUCUGCAGGACAACCAGAUAAAUCACAUCCCUUUAACAGCCUUCUCGAAUCUCCGUAAGCUGGAACGGCUGGAUAUAUCCAACAACCAGCUGCGCAUGUUGACUCAAGGGGUCUUUGACAAUCUCUCUAACCUGAAGCAACUCACUGCUUGGAAUAAUCCUUGGUUUUGUGACUACAGUAUUAAAUGGGUCACAAAAUGGCUCAAAUCUACCCCUUCAUUUCUCACUGUGGAAGGAUUCAUGUGCCAAGGCCCUGAGCAAGGCUGGGGGAUGGCUGUCAAGGACAUGAAUUUGAAUUUUUUGUCGUGUUUUUACACCAGUGCCUAG